AUGGAGCAUUUCACCAAAACCCUUCUCUUCAUUGCUUCCCUCUCUUGCAUCCUCGUACACACAAACGCUGUUCCCGCAACUGGCACCCCACAGGCUUGGGUCUGGGCACUAUGCAAGUCAACAACGAACCCAGUCAUUUGUUACCAAACCAUAUUACCACAAGUCAGUGGUGAAUUCAACAUUUACAAGGCCCUCGUGGCUGAGAUCUUAGCCACACAGAACCAGGUUAAGAGAACCUCUUCUCUCAUUGCUGCUUUGCUUGCGAAACAGGGCAUCUCAAAUAGCUUGAGUGAAUCACUCAACACGUGCCAGGAACAAUACAGCAACAUGCUUGACGCCAUCGAUGACACCAUCAAGGAAGUUGCGAGACGUAACGUUGUGGAGGCACGCUUCAAGUUCAGUGCUGUUUUGUCAUAUCAAGCUUCUUGCAACGAUGAAUUCAUUGAUGGACCUUCACCGAUUGCGAAUGAAGCGCAGGGAGUGUACGUCCUUGGUGGAAAUUCCUUGGAUCUCAUGAAAGUCAUUGAAGAUAGAGAGGGUUCAAAACCACCACCAUCAUCGCCUGCAGUACCAGACCCAUGCAAGGGUGUCAUUGGAAUUUGUGCAUAA